AAGGACAAAUUGUUGUUGUAUAAAUGCGCUUGACUUUUUCCAUUAUUCGAUUGCUUGUACUCGGCUGCUUACGGAAUACAUAUAUAUUCCCCUACUUGCCUUGGACUUCUUCAUCUAGUUAGCGGGGCCUGGGACAACAGAUUAGAAUAGCUUAUCGUGUCAUUGUGUCAUUGGCUUUCGUUCGUUACCGCGGAAUCGAUUUAGUUUCAGGCAUAACAAUUGGCGACGGGGACAAAAGUGAAAAAUGACGCUCCCUUCUGACCGCUUACAGUUGCUCUUUGACCGACAUUUGGAGUUCAUGGUCAAACUACGUACACAGUUUCUUGAUCAUCAAUGCUUCACAUAUGCGUCAGAAGUGGAUGUAUUAAUCUCUGAAUUGCACACAGAGCUAGCAAAUGAUCGCAGCCCCCAUGAUUCCUCAACAAGCCGCAACCUAAACGAAACUGCAGUAUCACAAGACAUGCCCGGUUGUCCAUCACUAUCCGUUUCAGCAACAUGCUCGGUAGUGGAUUCAAACUCCACUAUCCUGGAAUUAGCAGGUCCUAUCAAUGACGCUUUCAGCUCUCAUCAACACGAUGCUAUGUUAAAAGCUCAUGAAGUGGUCGCACCAAUCACCUACGAAGUGCCAGACAUCAUAUCGAGCAGCACACCGAGCGAAUCGCAUUCUGCAAUAGAAAUUGUUACCGAAUCUAAUGCCAAAGAUUCCCAAGCUUGUCCAGGAAAUUUGUUACAUGCAUCAAAUCCGGAACCUAGCGCAGUUUUGCUGGACACUGUUUUUCAUAGUGAUCCACAACCUGCCAGUGAUGUUUGCAAUAAGUCUAAUGACUACAUUUCUGCAGAAUCAAAUUCUGACCUCACAUCAAGUGUCGAUCCUCACCAUCCAGUCAAUCUUAGCAGGUUCCCUAUUGAAUGCCAGAAACAUGUUAUAAAUAGAAUCGCAUUAGUAGAAAAUUGGGUAUAUGAGGAUCCAACACUAUUUCGUGGGGGAGGAGGAGCUCGGAUUUCUUAAAAAGGGGAGGUGUUGGGGAUGUCAAAUCCCCAGAACUUACUUGGUUCAUGUUCAUUUUUGUGAUUGGAGUUCACGUUAUGAUUCUUGGUACCCGAUAAAUUCAAAAUACUUGCGCGCUGUGAAAAAAGAUUUCACAAAGGACACUCCAAAACUUGUAAAACCCUACCCUUUUAACUGUUCGAUGAACAGAAGUCCAGAAACCAGUGAUAACCACUUUGACGUGGGUAGUUAUGUGAUGGCUGCAUGGCGCAACGACUUUGAAUAUCUUGCUGAGGUUCUAGCCCAUCGUCAACGACACGGCACAAGAGCAGAGUAUCGUUUGCGCUAUAUUUGGGAUCGUGUUGUAGAGUGGACACCCGUCGACAAGUUACGCAAAGCAACUCAAUAUGAAAUCGAUUAUGUUUUAAAAUUCUGUAAAGAGCAAAGUUCACUAUCUGCAAAUAAAAUCCCCAAUAAAAUUGAUCUGCAACAUUCUUGUAGUAGUAGUGAGUAUACAUCAGGAAUAACUCGAGCUAAAAGAAUAAGAACAACUGUGUCAGAAAGCAAGUCAACAGACCGAACCUUAGAUCCUGAAAUACCCAAGUAUCGAUCACGUCCUACUCGUGCAAGUACUAACAGUUCAUCUGCUUCGGAAGACAAGAAGACUCUUCACCCAACAUUGUAUGAUGGUAUUAUCGAACAGGAUGGAAUGGUUUAUGACAAGAGUGUUUUCCAAUUUCAUGAGGCCUGUCGAAGACGCCGUGAACUGAAGAGAAAAGCUAUCGAAGAAAAUGAAAUAUAUCUAUAUGGAUCCGAUGGUUCUGUGUCUACCUUAAGUCGAACAUCUUCCGAAAGGCCAAAUCACCAGACCAGACGUGAUCCUGAUUCACUGAACAGUCCUAAAAGUAGUUCUGUAAGAACUGAGAAUUAUAUAACGGAAAACACAGUUACGCCACCAUUUGGAUCAUCAAUCCCAUCCUAUCAAAAAAAUGAUGAAACAAAAGAAACAAAACUGUUAGAGAAGGCAUCUCAUCUCUCAAACAGUUCAUCAAAUUUGUCUGAGUCAAGUAAAUGUGAUGAACGACCACGUCGAACUAUGGUAUACAAAAGAGAAGCAGAAAUAAAAAUAUCUAGUAUGCCUAUCUCGGGAGAGAUUUUCACAAAAGUUCCCGCUAAAUCAGCUGCUCCUGUUGUAUACCCAUGCCCUCAUUGCUCCCGUCAGUUGCGAAAUUCAAAGUUACUCGACGCUCACAUUGUUAAUUACCACAAAGAUGUGUCUGGCAGCACAAAAUCCACAACGCACACAAAAAGAGAAGCUUAUCAGAAUCGAUGUUUGCCGUGGAAAUCUAAUAUGCAGUUAUCUUCUCUUGGGUCAAUCUCAAAAGAAAAACCGAGUGAACCAUAUUCUGAUAGAUCAAGUGCUUCUGAGUUCACCAGACUUCUUUCUUGUCACUGUUGCAAUGCGCGAGCAUAUGCUACAGAAAAAGAACUUGGUCUUAUUCAAUGUUCACAUUGUUUAUGUUGGUUUCAUCGUUUGUGCGGUGGUACAUCAUUUGACUCGACACUACUUUCGAAUGUAGACUUGUUGACUGGUAAUGAACUUUGUUCAUCUGUUUGUAUUAAUUGUCGGAUGGUUUUACGUCCAGCUAGAAAAUCCCGCAAGAACGAAUGGCGGACGGGUUUACUACGAUCACGUGAUCUUAACUCUGGAUUUUCAAAACGAGGUCUGUUAAUUGAUGUUUGGUCUAUUUUGAAUAAAGUCUGUCAGUUACGUCCAUUAUUAGCUUCUGGAUGGCAAAUAUUAAACAGGUCAAAUUUGCCUUCUGUGUCUGAUCAAUUAAAGCAAGACUCUGGCGUUUCCAAAAAUGCGUAUCAAGGCGCAUCCAAACCAAGUGACUUCCCAACAUCGAAGUUUGCUGGAAGUAUCAAACAUACAGCUCCCGUUAUACAUACCCCUGAAGAUCAAGUCAAUCGUCUCUAUAUGGAAUUGAGAGGUAUAGCGUUUGGAAAUCUUUCUGAAGCUAAUGGUGAAAUCACUGUAUCUAAGUGUGAUCACUUACAGCCAUCAAACGAUAAUCAUACUUUUUGCAUUUCUACUCCGGACUCUGAAUGUCCUAAUACCAACUGGCCAUUAGAUGAAGCAAUUAACGGUUCUGCUCAGUCGGAAUCCGUUUCAUACCAAGUCACUGAUCCUACUUAUCAUAUUGCCACUCAAGAUUUGUCAGGAUUUCUUCAGGAUCUAGGUCCUGAUAUCAUUCCAGAAAUUUCAGGUUUUAGUGUUGAUGGAGUGAUAAAUAUCAGUAGUGUUACUCCUGAUUCGUGUUCUGUAGAUGAAUUUUUGAAGGUACCGAGAUCUUAUGCAGAACAGCCGCCCGUUUCACAGAAUAAUGAUAAAUUAUGCAGAGAGAACACUGCUUGGCAGUUGCUUUGUUCUCAUCCUAGGAUUACUAAUACGUCUGGUAAAGAUCUAGGUGCUAUUUUUGAUAUUUCUGCUUCUGAAGAUUCUACACUAAGUCCUUUGAAAUAUUUUUCCAAUACUGCAUGUGAUAAUCAUUUAGAGUCAGGUCAACAAUUUCCUUCAUAUGAUUCUAAUAGCUCUUCAACCUCGUCACCUGACAAGCCUAUGAUUCAAACAUCCGCUGAUGUCAAAAUCAACAGGUCCAAUAACGAUGAUGAAAUUUCAGUCAAUGAAUCAAGCGACAGAAUUUCAACUAAUCACUUGGGAACGGGUGUCGGAUCAGAUAUUAUUAACUUGUCUAUUCCCAAAUGUGCACGUUCAAUCAUCUCUGAUUUACUGAGUAGUCCUUUAAAUGAUGAUUUCGUUACACCUUGUGCCAGUCAACAGUCUGAUGUAAAAGGAUCUAAUUUUCUGCCCACAACUUGCAGAUCGAAUGAAUUUGUACACCUCUCAUCAGCGUCUGGAUUAAAUUCUUUGGACAUUGACUGGUUAGAGCCAGAUAGCCAUAAUCAGUCUGUGAAUUCUACUAGUCCAGUGUAUCAAAAUAAUGUCAAGAUAUAUGACCAUUCCACGUUGAAUGAGUUUUCUGAUCUUGCCAACCAUGUAACGAAUUUAGGCAACAUGACCUUUCAUUUUCCAGUUGAACAGCUCAGAAAGUUAACACAAACUCAAGAUAACUUGUUGAACAUAGAUGAGUGUAUCCUAACGCCGUUUGAAAAUGCUCUAAGUGUUAUGGAGGCCCAAUUGGAUGUAAUCACAACCCAUGUUACUAACUUUGAACGACUACAUAAAUAUGAUCAUAAUAAUAUGAAUACAGAAUGCGGUUCUUUUGAAAAGGAGCAAGAUCCUUCAGACAAACACCAAGGAAUAAACCAAGUUUUUACUCCCAGAGGUCCUUUAAGUUCAUCUCAGUCAUCUAAUGGAGUACAUACAACAUUUUCUUUGGGAAAAAUGAAUGACAAAGUUUCGUUCCCCUUUGUCCCCGAAGUCGCAAAACAUAAAGAAUAUAAGGUAGAUUUAGGAACUUAUUUAGAGAGUGCCAAAACUGCGGCUCAACAUCUAUACCGUCUACAAAAAACAUCAUUACAAGAGUCAAACCUUCAUACUGACGUGCAAAAUGCGUUGGAUGAUCCAUCUCACAAUCUCAUCAAUGGGAUUUCAAAUAGAGUAAUUACUUACGCGAGCGACGAUAGCAAUAAUAUCAUUAUGUCCUCAAGUUUACCUGUUUUAAAGUAACUGGAAUAAUUAUUUUGUUGAUUAAAGUCGUAUAAUUUGUGUAUAUAUGAUAUGAACCUUGCACAUCAAUGCACCCCAUGCAAUGCAAUUACUAUUGCAUUCCAGUUUAUACUAGUGUCCUGCAUGUAUAAUUUAUUUGUACUAAUUCAUUUACAUUACUGGUAUUUUAAUCCUUAUUUUCCUUCAGAGCUAUCGCAAUAGAUAAUUCUGUCAUUUUUUAUCUCAUUAUUUUGCAUGUACAUAUCCAGUUUUUAUAACUACUUGAUUACUUCUGUUAUGUUAUUUUAUACUUAAUAUUCAUCCAUUUUAUGUAAUCUUCAGAAGUGUACAUCAUGAAGUAUUCAUUUAUUUGCAGACAUGUUUUCUUAUCAGAAUGCAUGCUCUUCCCUCUGCGAUUCUGAAAUACGUACCAAGAGUAUCGGCUCAUCUUUUAUUUCCUUUAACGCCAUGUCAAAGGGUAGCCGAACAAGUAAUAUAUUUACAGAGUAAACAAAACAUGAAUCAACAAAUAGAAUUUUCAGAGAUAUUG